AUGGCAUUUCUAACCGCUCAAACCUGGGCUUUCAUCUUCGGCAUCUUGGGCAACAUCGUGUCGUUCCUGGUGUUUUUGGCACCUGUGCCAACCUUUUACACAAUAUACAAGAGGAAAUCAUCAGAAGGAUUUCAGGUUCUACCAUAUUCAGUUGCACUGUUAAGUGCAUCACUGUUGCUAUAUUAUGCUUUUCUCAAGCCAAAUACCUACAUAAUUAGCAUCAAUGGUAUGGGAUGCUUAAUUGAACUAAUUUACCUCUUAAUCCAUGUAAUAUAUUCCCCCAAGAAGACCAAGAUUUCGACGUCCGGAAUGGUGCUUCUAUUCAAUGUUGGAGGUUUAGGGGUGAUAAUGGCGGUUUCCUUGCUAGUUGUUAAAGGUUCGAGCCGAGUGACUUUGAUAGGAUGGGUAUGCGCUGCUAUCAACUUGGCCGUAUUUGCUGCGCCGUUAAGCAUCAUGAGACAAGUCAUACGAACCAAGAGCGUAGAAUUCAUGCCAUUUACUCUAUCCUUUUUCCUCACUAUUUGUUCCAAAAUGUGGUUCUUCCAUGGAUAUUUCAUUAGGGACUAUUACAUUGCUUUACCAAAUGUUAUGGGAUUUUUAUUUGGAAUUGUUCAAAUGACACUAUACUUCAUUUACAAGGACGCGAAACAAGAUGUCGAUCCGAAUCUUAAGCUCGAAGGGCUUAUGAUUAUCAUGAAUUGA